AUGGUGACAAGUGGAGUUCCUCAGGGAUUGGUACUGGAACUGAUGCUGUUUAGCAUCUUUGUUGGUGUUGAGUGCCUACACAGCAAGUUUGCCAAUGACGCCGAGCUAUGUGCUGAUGCAGCUCAACAAUUUCAGUAUGCAGUUAGAGUUAUUGGAAGCAACUUUGCUCCCACUGUUGAACGAGAUGAAUUUCUUGUAGCAGAGAAAAUCAAGAAAGAACUUGUGCGACAAAGAAGGGAAGGGGAUGCUGCUUUGUUUUCAGAACUCUACAGAAAACUUGGUUCACAGGGCAUUUUGAAAAACAAAUGGUCAAUACUCUACCUCUUGCUUAGCCUUAGUGAAGACCCACGUAAGCAGUCUAACAAGGUAUCAAGCUAUGCCACGCUUUUUGCUCAGGCAUUGCCACGGGAUGCUCACUCAACCCCUUAUUACUAUGCCAGGCCUCAGAGCCUUCCACUGAAUUACCAAGACCGCAGUGCUCAGUCUGCCCAGAGCUCUGGCAGCAUGGGGAGCAGUGGGAUUAGCAGCAUCAGCCUGUACGCUCUGAAUGGGCCAACACCAACUCCACAGUCACUUCUUCCAGGACAAUCCUAUCAAGCUCCAGGUGUUGGAGAUUGCCUCCGUCAGCAAUUAGGGUCACGUCUUGCAUGGACUCUAACUGCAAGCCAGCCUUCUUUACAAAGCACUACCUCAAAAGGUUUUUCAAAUGCUGCCUCCCGUGGUGUGCCAAGGUCAAGAAGAGAAGGGGAUACAAGUG